UAUGCGUACAGUGGCGGAGGACGUGGUAUUUUGUCUGUCCGCGUUUCAAUUGAUGGUGGGAAAACAUGGCACGAAGCGGAACUCCAACCGGUCAGUCCUCCAGCCGGAAUCGAUCCAUCCGAAUUGGACGAAGAAGAUCUAGCUAUGGCGCAUCGCACGUCUGGUCAAUGGGCUUGGACAAUAUGGCGGGCUGACAUCCCCAUACCCGGUGAUGCUGCUGAGCUGGAAAUUGUAUGUUGUGCUCGUGAUUCCGCAAAUUCCACUCAACCCGAGAACUCCAAAGCCAUCAUGAAUGUUCGCGGUUUGUUGAUGAAUGCCUGGCAUCGAGUGCGGGUCCACGUCAAGGAGUCGGAAUAA